GUUGCACGAUAAAACCAGGGGGACAGUCCCAGUUGUGGCAGUUUCGGACGUGAGAGUCGGACGCUGGGUGAGUUUCGGCUUCAUUUCCGCAUUGACCGCCAGUGACCGGAAACGACAAUCCUCGAGAGAAAGGUAGAACAAAGAACAUAAAGAAGAAGAAAACAAAGGAAAAGGGCGCAGCCUCUGCAAUCUCUCUCCCCCGUUUUCUUCUUUCGCCUACUGGAGAGACAUUAAGACCCAAUUCAUAGGGAUGCAGAGGCCACAGGAUCAACGGUCGAGAUCUGCCAAGCCGACCACCAUUCAUGGCUGCGCCCAGUCCGGGGACCUUAUUGGGGUUCAAAGGCUACUCCGAGACCGCCCUUCUCUUCUGAAUGAAAGAAAUCCCGUCAUGGCACAGACACCGCUUCAUGUUUCUGCUGGUUAUAACAGGGUUGAGAUAGUCAAGUUUCUUCUUGAUUGGGAAGGGACAGAUAAGGUUGAGUUGGAAGCCAAGAACAUGUAUGGAGAAACUCCGCUGCACAUGGCAACAAAGAAUGGGUGCAAUGAUGCUGCACGCCUGCUUCUUGGUCGACGUGCUUUUAUUGAAGCAAAAGCAAAUAAUGGAAUGACACCUUUACAUCUUGCUGUUUGGUACUCACUUCGAGCUGAAGACUGCUUGACUGUCAAAACAUUGCUUGAAUACAAUGCUGAUUGUAGUGCCAAGGAUAAUGAGGGCAUGACUCCUCUAAAUCAUCUCUCACAAGGCCCUGGAAGUGAAAAGUUGCGGGAACUCUUGCAUUGGCAUCUUGAAGAGCAGCAAAAGAGAAGAGCAAUUGAAGCAUGCAGUGAAACAAAAUCUAAGAUGGAUGAACUUGAAAAUGAAAUGUCAAAGGUAGUAGGGUUGCAUGAGCUUAAGAUACAGCUCCGGAAAUGGGCAAGGGGUAUGCUUUUGGAUGAGAGACGUAGGGCCCUUGGGCUGAAAGUUGGCUCAAGAAGACCCCCACAUAUGGCUUUCCUUGGCAAUCCUGGAACAGGUAAGACUAUGGUAGCUCGAAUCCUUGGAAAACUACUCUAUAUGGUGGGAAUUUUACCGACUGACAGAGUAACAGAGGUACAGCGGACCGACUUGGUUGGAGAAUUCGUUGGUCAUACUGGGCCAAAAACUAGGAGGAAGAUUAAAGAAGCAGAAGGAGGAAUUCUUUUUGUUGAUGAAGCAUAUCGACUGAUACCUAUGCAGAAGGCAGAUGAUAAGGACUAUGGAUUGGAAGCUUUAGAAGAGAUUAUGUCCGUCAUGGACAGCGGAAAGGUGGUUGUCAUAUUUGCUGGGUAUAGUGAACCAAUGAAGCGUGUGAUUGCUUCUAAUGAAGGCUUCUGCAGACGGGUGACCAAGUUUUUCUCUUUUAAUGACUUCAGUUCAGAAGAACUAGCCAAGAUUCUCCAUAUCAAGAUGAAUAAUCAAGCGGAAGAUAGUUUGUUGUAUGGAUUUAAGUUACACCCUUCUUGCACUGAAGAAGCUGUGGCAGCACUGAUACAGAGUGAAACAACGGAAAAGCAGCGCAAGGAGAUGAAUGGUGGUUUAGUGGAUCCAACUCUAGUCAAUGCUAGAGAGUAUUUGGACCUUAGGCUAAGUUUUGACUGUAUAGACACAGAUGAACUUUGUACCAUUACUUUAGAGGAUUUAAAAGCUGGUCUACGGCUGAUAUCACUGUGAGACAUGAGAAUGGAUAUAGAUUUAGUUAGGAAAAACUUGGCGACCAUUCUUUUGCCAGCCUUUCUCAUUUUAUAUCCUCUCUAAUUGAAGUUGAAGAAUUCCAAUAACUGAGACAGGAAUGGAUAAUUCAACUUGAAGAAAUCCAUUACCAGUCAUUCUAUCCAUAUGCCUUUCAUCCUUUGAGGGAGGAUGAGUUCCAACAAUCUUUGAUUUUUUUAGUUGGAAACUUCACUGUAUCCGUCAAUGGCGCUUGAGAUGUUUUCUGGGCGGGGUUUUGUAGUAAUUCAUUGUAUUGAUAUAUUGAUUUGGAGUGAGCAAUAAAUGUCGCAUUCAGUAUGUGAUUAUC